UAUGUAACGUUAUUCACUACUCUUCCUAGACAGUCACGGUACAUUUGCUCCUCUUAUAGCAUCUUCAACAAGGCUGUUCCUUUCUUGUCAUUGUCAAAUCCCAGAAUUAACCUGAUAAUAUGGCGGCAGAAAAGACUGGAAUUGCUAAGGAUGUAACUGAAUUGAUUGGUAACACUCCUUUGGUGUAUCUGAAUAAUGUUGUGGAAGGAUGUGUUGGACGUGUUGCUGCCAAGCUGGAAAGCAUGGAGCCAUGCUCUAGUGUUAAGGAUAGGAUUGGUUAUAGUAUGAUUACAGACGCUGAGGAGAAGGGUCUAAUCAAACCUGGCGAGAGUGUCCUCAUCGAGCCUACAAGUGGAAACACCGGUGUAGGAUUGGCAUUCAUGGCUGCUGCUAAAGGCUACAAACUCAUCAUUACGAUGCCUUCUUCAAUGAGUCUUGAGAGAAGAAUUAUUCUGCGUGCCUUCGGUGCUGAGUUGGUGCUUACCGAUCCAGCAAAAGGGAUGAAAGGUGCUAUUUUGAAGGCUGAAGAGAUAAAGGCCAAAACACCCAACUCCUAUAUUCUUCAGCAAUUUGAAAACCCUGCAAACCCAAAGAUACACUAUGAAACCACUGGUCCUGAGAUCUGGAAAGGCUCAAACGGGAAAGUGGAUGCUUUUGUCUCUGGCAUUGGAACAGGAGGCACAAUAACUGGUUCAGGCAAGUAUUUGAGAGAGCAGAACCCCAACGUCAAGCUGUAUGGUGUGGAACCAGUUGAAAGUGCUAUCCUUUCUGGUGGAAAGCCUGGCCCACAUAAGAUUCAGGGGAUUGGUGCUGGUUUCGUUCCUGGUGUUUUGGAAGUUAACCUUAUCGAUGAAGUAGUUCAAGUUUCAAGUGAAGAAUCCAUAGAAAUGGCUAAGCUUCUUGCCUUGAAGGAAGGAUUGCUUGUGGGAAUAUCAUCUGGUGCUGCUGCUGCUGCGGCAAUUAAAGUUGCUAAGCGCCCUGAAAUGGCUGGGAAGCUCAUUGUUGUUAUUUUCCCAAGCUUCGGGGAGCGAUAUCUUUCAUCUGUGCUCUUUGAAACUGUCAGACGGGAAGCGGAGAACAUGACCGUGGAGCCUUGAACUUUUUGUCCUUCGAUUACCAUAUCUAGUCUCGAAAUGGGUUUUCCGAUGAUAGCAGAAUGUUCUUGUCUGAACUUUUCCCUUCCCGUUUUGCUGAAACUGCUAGAAAAUAAGGCCUUUUCUUUCCUUUAGUGGCCAUUUUCUUUUAAAAGUAAGGAAACUAUUCAAGUAUAUUUUAGUGCUUUUGUUAUUCUACACCAUUUGAAAUUUAAAGAGCUGUUGCUUCUUGUUCAUGAAA